CUCAUCAGCUCACAGCACUUCGGGGGACGGCCGGGGCGCACCACUACAGACGCGGUGAUGUACCUUGUCCAGAGGAUUAAGGACGCGUGGCGCGUGGGUAAGGUCGUCAGCGUGCUAUUCAAAGACAUAUCACAGGCCUUCCCGUCUGUCUCCCACCCCCGCUUGCUGCAUAACCUGCGACGACGUAGAGUCCCGGAGGUCCUUGUACGAUGGCUC